AUGUUCCAGAAUACCGAUACUAGCAAGCACUUACAACCAUGGCAGGCAUUUGACGCUCUCAUUCACUUCACAUUCGAGGGUUCUUUCCUGUGGCUAUCGGUUUUUGGGCGGCAAGUGAACACGAGUACAGGGCCUCUUGCGCAAAUGUGGAAGGAAUACGCAGCCGCAGAUUACCGCUGGGGUGUUUCGGACCCUACCGUUGUCGCGCUGGAAAUACUCACCGUCCUGGGCGCGGGCCCUCUGUGCUGCUAUAUCCUAAAGCAGCUAGUAAAUGGGGAUCCUGCGCGUCAUUAUUGGAUUAUUGUUCUUAGUACUGCGGAGAUUUAUGGGGGCUGGAUGACCUUCUGCCCCGAGUGGCUUGUUGGCAGCCCGAACUUGAAUACCUCGAACCCGCUUUACCUCUGGGUAUACCUCGCGUUGAUGAACGGCAUCUGGGUCGUCAUCCCGCUCUGGCUCAUGAUCGACUCAUAUACCCACAUUGCUGGCUCACUCCGCGCCCAACAGUGCUCAAAUCUAAAAGCCAAGGAGGCAUGA